AGCGUUUCUGCUCCUCUUACGCAAUAUGCGCAUUGUCUCCUCCUGUCAUCUCGGCGCACCACCACCCUGGUUAGUGCAGGGAACUAUUUUCUCUCAUCACCGCUCGCUCCUAGAGCUAACUGAACAUCAAAAUGGGGAACAGAGACGACGAGUAUGACUUCUUGUUCAAAGUCGUCCUUAUCGGAGAUUCGGGCGUGGGGAAGAGCAACCUGCUGUCCCGUUUCACCCGGAACGAGUUCAACCUGGAGAGCAAGAGCACCAUCGGGGUGGAGUUCGCCACCCGCAGCAUCCAGGUGGACGGAAAGACGAUAAAGGCUCAGAUCUGGGACACAGCGGGACAGGAGCGCUACAGAGCAAUCACCUCAGCGUACUACCGGGGCGCGGUCGGAGCGCUGCUGGUCUACGACAUCGCCAAGCACCUGACGUACGAGAACGUGGAGCGCUGGCUGAAGGAGCUGAGGGACCACGCCGACAACAACAUCGUCAUCAUGCUGGUGGGGAACAAGAGCGACCUGCGCCACCUCAGGGCCGUGCCCACCGACGAGGCUCGAGCCUUCGCGGAAAAGAACACCCUGUCGUUCAUCGAGACGUCGGCGCUGGACUCAACAAACGUAGAAGAGGCGUUCAAGAACAUUCUAACAGAAAUUUACCGCAUCGUGUCACAGAAGCAGAUAGCCGACAGAUCUGCGCACGACGAGUCUCCGGGCAACAACGUAGUAGACAUAAGUGUCCCGCCGACGACCGACGGGCAGAAGGGCAACAAACUGCAGUGCUGUCAAAGCCUGUGACGCUCAGCCUGAAGACACUCACCCCUGCACCUCUUCCUCCUCCUCUUCAUCACGCCACCAGUGCACUUUUAUUUCCCACAAAAGCCAGCUCCUUUUCCUUUACCUCGUUCCAUUUUCUUAUUUUUUUUUUUUUGGCACUUUUUCUGAAUCUGUUUCCUUUUAUUUUGUAGAAGUACUUUCAAAAUCACUUGUUGCUCUUCUCUCCCGCCAUGAGGGAUUUAUUUCAGAAGCCUUUCAUGUCCAUGCAUCGAUCAUGGAGUCAGUGAAGGAACGAAGCCGCUGCCUCCAGGCGCAGCGAGGUUAGGAAAUACAUUUCAGCGGUCGCCACUAGGUGGUGCUGUGCAAAAACGAACUAAAUAAGAGUUACUCCAGCCUGACGAAGCAGUAUUAUGUAUUUGACGGUGUGCUUCUUACUUCCAUCUGUCAUCAUGCCAAAACAAUAUUCUCAUUAAGUAUUUAUUAAAGAAAAGUUGGCUUCGUUUGUCAUUGUCUUACUUUCAGGUGAAGAACUGUGUAAAUUUACAAUAAAACUCUUGACUGAAGCA